AUGUCGUCUUUUUUUACAAUCCCUGGCUCGCAGAAAAAGCGAAAGCGAGCUGCUGCUCCAGAAGCGCCAAAGAAAAGAAUUGCUGGUGCAAAACCAUCCUCUGCUAAGUCCUCCACCAGAACUGGUGCCGCGAAUUCUAAGCGGAGAGUCGACCGAGAUGAAUCGAUCUCUGGUAGCGACUCCGACGAUGAUGAAAGCUACGACAGCGCCUCAAACCCCGGCGACGAUGAGGGUGUAGAGGACCGUCAGAGCUCGGACGAUGAAGGCGAAACCGCGGCCGAGAAAAGACUUCGUCUUGCUGAGCGCUAUCUCGAAAAUAUCAAGGAGCACGUUGAUGAAGCUGGGUUCGAUGCUGCGGAUAUUGACCGAGAUCUGAUUGCUGAACGGCUUCAAGAAGAUGUAGCCGAGACCAAAGGCAGGGUCUACCGCCAAUUGGCUACGCAAUUGGCAUUCAGUAAAGCAUCGCAAACCUUUUUCCGCACUAAUACCAACUCAGUCACAUCCAUCGCUGUAUGCGCACCUUUCGUGUACACUGCGACAAAAGAUCUUGUUUUACACAAAUGGAGAACUCAAGAUCUUCCUCAAUAUCAAUUUCCUCAGACAACAAAAAGAAAACCCAAGAAACCGCCUGCGCCACCAAGAAAACGACCCCAAUUGGAGGCAUGGAUUAAGGGCAACAAGAGCAAAAGCAAGGACAAAAAUUACAAGAGACACACGGGUCAAAUUCUGGCAGUGGCAGCCUCCCCGGAUGGAAAAUAUGUCGUGACGGGUGGCGAGGACAAGAAAUUGAUUGUGUAUGAAGCCGAUACGCUGAAACCGAUCAAAGUCCUUACACAUCAUAGAGACGCCAUCACAGGACUGGCAUUUCGUCGCGGCACUAAUCAGUUGUAUUCGUCAUCGAGAGACCGAACUGUCAAAGUAUGGAGUCUAGACGAAUUAGCCUACAUAGAAACGCUCUUCGGGCAUCAAGACCAUGUCGUCGAUAUUGACGCCCUUGCCCAGGAGCGCUGUGUCUCCGUCGGCGCAAGAGACAGAACGGCCCGUUUAUGGAAAGUCAUGGAGGAGACGCAACUCGUUUUCCGUGGCGGAGCGGUCGACAAGAAAAAUGCUCCCCAGGAUAUUGACCCGCGAUCGCUGCUCCACGAAGGAAGCAUGGAUCGUGUCGCCAUGAUCGACGAAGACCUCUUUGUCACUGGAAGCGACAACGGUGCCAUUGCACUCUGGAGCGUAACCAAGAAGAAGCCUGUUUACAUCGAGCCCCUUGCACACGGCUUAGACCCGGCUAUAAAUCCCCUCGACGCCUCAGCAGAAGUCAAUCCUGACCCGAAAAAGGUCAUUCCCGCACCUACGCCACGUUGGAUCACAGCCCUCAAGACAAUUCCAUACUCAGACAUUAUUCUCAGCGGUAGCUGGGACGGGCACAUUCGUGUAUGGAAGCUUACUGAGGACAAGAAGAAAAUUGAGCAGAUUGGCGUGCUUGGUGACUUCGCUGACGACUAUGACAACGAGUCUGUUAAAGAUGCUCCUAGCAGCAAUGGCACCGCGGAGUCGCGCCGUCCUAUACCCGGACUGAUCAACGAUAUUGCUGUUUUUGAACGUGGUGAACGUGGCAAAGAUGGGCUAUGUGUGGUUGCUGCAGUGGCGCAGGAGCACCGUUUCGGAAGAUGGAAGGUAUUCAAGGGUGGUGUACGCAAUGGCGGUGUCGUGUUUGAAAUAUCGCGGAUACCUACAGCCCAAGUGAAUGGGGAUCAUGAGAGUUCAGGUUCUGAUGACGACGAGAGUGAUUCAUAG